CCGACCUGCGCACACGCACGACUCGGAAGCUGCUGCGAGAACACCUCGCAUCGAUAUUAUACACGACAAACUGUUUAAAUAUUGACAUCGAAAUAAUUCUUCGAUUUUUGAAAGUGGAUUCUUUGUGGCCAGUGUGAAGUGAAGACGUUGAUUUAAAUUUUUUGAAGUAAUUGAAAGAGUGACAGUAGCGAUGAAGGUUUUGACUGCUGAAGACAAAGUGACAUGUGUUGGGAAUGAGAACGAGCCCACUGUUGAAGUGGAAGUACCGAAACCUACGAAAGAGGAAUUGAACAGAGGAUGUCCUCUUGGAGUGUCCCGCGUCACAGACUCACUGUACGUCUGCGGGGCGCACGCCCUCCCUGGGGCAGUCAAGGCCCUCCGGCCCGGGCUCAUCGUCAGCGCGGCUCCCGAACUUCCACCUCCACCUGAAGACUUCGUCCCGAGGCACUUCGUACCGUUACUGGAUACCCCCAGCUCUGAUAUGCACCCUUUUAUGGACAGAGUCGCCAACUUGAUCAAUGAGGUUGUGGAGAACGGUGAAGUAGUGCUAGUUCACUGCGUGGCCGGAGUGUCCAGGUCGGUGACGCUGUGCCUCGCCUACCUCGUCAAAUGGCAGAAGAUGUCAUUGCAGGACGCUUACCAUCACAUGAAGCAAAGAAGGCCACAAAUCCGACCGAACACUGGAUUUUGGAAGCAGCUCAUUAAAUACGAGGACAGGCUCUUCGGGGAAGCGUCGGUCAAGAUGAUUUACUGCGAAGCUAUCGACAAAGAGAUUCCUGAUGUUUACGAACCCGACUAUAGAGGCAUGACUUGGUUCAGGCAGAGGUAUGGUCCGAUUGAGAAGUGCUGAAGAAUGGGCUAUAGUGCAUGUGUGAAUGUGAAAUGAAUAAAAGACGACUGUAAAUAAUAAGACUGAGUGGAUGAAUGACUAUGAAUGGUGAAAUGAUGAUUCAACUAUGAUUUGAUGAACUGUUGAUGAAUGCUUUGGUAAAGUUGAACUUGCUUUAUUCAGUAAGAAGAGAAAAUAUCGUUUACGACAUAAAAAAAGGGUUAUUAAUGUGAAAAAAAUAAUGUGUAAAACAGUAUUUAUUGUGUUUGUUGAUAAUGCGUUAUUUGUUAAUUUACUGACAAUAUAAUAAUGCAAUCAAAUUUAUUAAAAAAAAUCAUUGUAAGAGUAGAAUUUGUAAAAAUCUGGUAGAGUAGAAAUUUGCAUGUCAGCAUAAUAUGUUUAAGAAAAUGUGAUAAUUUAUUGUAUUAAAAAAUAUAUUUUAAGUAUAAGGGACCAAAAUAAAUAUA